UUUGAGCUGACCCAGCCGCUUGCAGGCAAAGAAGCCUACUUGCAAGGGCAUAUCCCAGGCGCAUUCUAUGCAGACUUAAACCAAAAUCUCAGCGCCCAGCCUGGGCAGGCUAAGGCCAGUGGAGGCCGACAUCCGCUGCCCGAGCGUACUUUUUUUGCCCACUGGCUAGGCCAAAUGGGCAUGACUGCACAGACCCAAGUCGUAGCCUAUGACCGUAACCAAAACAUGUUCGCUGGCCGUUUGUGGUGGAUGUGCAAAUGGUUGGGGCACGAAGCUGUGGCGGUUUUGGACGGCGGCUUUGCUGCUUGGUUGGCUGCGGGCUACCCUGUGCAAACCGCUAUACCCGAGCCCAAGCAGCCCAGCCAAUUUAGCCCCACACAGAGUUUGGUCACACUGCUUGAUGCGCAAGAUGUCUUGCAAGAGCUGGGCGGGGGCAAGCAAACUAUAGUGGACGCGCGUGCGGCUGCGCGUUUUAGUGGGCAAAACGAGCCCAUAGACCCCGUUGCAGGGCAUAUCCCUGGCGCACGCAACCGCCCGUUUACCGACAAUUUGCAAGCCGAUGGCCGGUUUAAGCCCGCUCAAGUGUUGCGCCAAGAAUUUGAAGCACUGCUGGAGGCGCAGACAUCUAAUAUGCCUACACGCAUCGUCCACCAAUGCGGCAGCGGCGUGAGCGCACUGCCCAAUUUGCUGGCUAUGGAAUUGGCGGGUUUGGGUCGUCAGGCUUUAUAUGCAGGCAGCUGGAGCGAU